AUGGAUUGGGCUGCUUUAGAUGGCUUUCAUGACGUGAAUGAAGCAUGUGAGUUCUUUUAUAAUAAACUGUACAACGCUUUUGAUACCGGUGUUCCAAAAUAUGUCCGAGCAACGAAACGUAAAUACCCACCCUGGUUCAAUUCAGCAAUAAUUAAGCUUAUCAAACGCAAGGAGAAGAUUCACCGAUCUUACAGAUGCAACAAUGAUCCUAAAACGUAUCAGACAUUCAGGGAACUUAGAUCAAAAAUUAAGAUAGAUUCAGAUGAAGCAUACAAAAUAUAUGUCAGACAAGCUGAGAACGAAAUACAAAGAGAUUCGAAUAAAUUUUGGGGCUUCUUAAAUUCUAAGCGAAAAUCAACAAACUUAUCAAGUAGGAUGAUUUACAAUGGUAAUGAACUUUUGGAACCGAACGACAUAUUAAAUGCUUUUGCGGAUAACUUCUCCAAAUACUACUCGUCUUCAUCAGCCACCGAAGAAACUGAUGACUUUUUAAUGAGCAAUGAACAACCACUCAAUAUUACUAGAUUUGAGGAGGAUGAAGUUGUCUUAGCCUUGAAGCAAAUAAAACCGGACCGGAUAAUGUACCAGCUUUUAUUUUGCGUGACUGUGCCUCUGUGUUGGCGUGUCCUUUGA